CUCUCUGCACACAGUCCCCUCCGCUACACCAUUGCAAUGCCAAGGCUGCAACAUUAGCAAGCUAAUUUUCCCAUUUCCAUCACCCUUAAGUGGGGAGACGUGUCGUAUUUUUUUAACUCUUCUUUCUUUUCUGUUCUUGAGUGAGCUGCAGCGAGUUUUCGGACAUGCCGAACAUCGUGCUUUUUAGCGGGAGCUCUCACCACGACCUGUCCCAGAAAGUAGCUGAUCGGCUGGGACUGGAGCUGGGCAAAGUGAUAACGAAGAAAUUCAGCAACCAGGAGACAUGCGUGGAGAUCGGGGAGAGCGUGCGCGGCGAGGAUGUGUACAUCGUGCAGAGCGGCUGCGGCGAAAUUAACGACAACCUUAUGGAGCUGCUCAUCAUGAUCAACGCCUGCAAGAUUGCCUCCUCGUCCCGCGUCACCGCCGUCAUCCCCUGCUUCCCCUACGCCCGGCAGGACAAGAAGGACAAGAGUCGAGCACCCAUAUCCGCCAAGCUGGUGGCAAACAUGUUGUCUGUGGCCGGCGCCGACCACAUCAUCACCAUGGACCUCCACGCCUCACAGAUCCAGGGCUUUUUCGACAUCGCUGUAGACAACCUUUAUGCAGAGCCCGCUGUUCUGCAGUGGAUCAGAGAAAAUAUUCCAGAGUGGAAAAACUGUAUCAUCGUGUCUCCAGAUGCCGGCGGAGCAAAACGCGUGACGUCCAUCGCAGACCGUCUGAACGUGGACUUCGCCCUCAUCCACAAAGAGAGGAAGAAGGCCAACGAAGUGGACCGCAUGGUGCUGGUGGGUGACGUCAAGGACCGCGUGGCCAUCCUGGUGGACGACAUGGCCGACACGUGUGGCACGAUCUGCCACGCUGCCGACAAGCUGAUUGAUGCCGGUGCGGUGAAGGUCUACGCCAUCCUCACGCACGGCAUUUUCUCCGGUCCGGCCAUCUCUCGCAUCAACAGCGCCCCGUUCGAGGCCGUGGUGGUGACCAACACCAUCCCACAGGAGGAGAAGAUGAAGGCGUGCCCGAAAAUACAGGUCAUCGACAUCUCCAUGAUCCUGGCGGAGGCGAUCAGGAGAACCCACAACGGCGAGUCAGUGUCCUACCUCUUCAGCCACGUGCCCUUGUAAAGCAGGGAGAGGGCGGCCUCCUCCUCCUCGCCGCCGGCGGGCCGCUCGGCUGGCACUUUUUGCCUCACAUCCUGCGGCCUGAUGGUUUUUGGCCAACCCCUUGUGACUGUUUAAAGGUCACGUCCACACAUUGUCUUGACCAUUUUACCCAGAAGACAGAGCAAAGUCUCACUUCCAUCUCUGAAGACCAAGUUUGUAUUUAUGAGUAUUUCUCUCUUUCUGUUUCCUUUUUUCUCUUGUUUCAAACUUGCCGACCUUGAACACCUGAGGCCUGGCCGUACCUUUAACCAAAGGGUCCAUUAUGUAACAUUGUGUAUUAUUUGUACCACAUAUCGAACUCACUUUAAAUGAGGCAUUCCACUGUGUCAUGAUCAGAAAUAUUAUGGCCCUUAGUAAUAUAAAAUGUGAAAACAGGCACCUUUGCCCCCUCAAGUGCUUUAACAGCUGUUAAAAGUAUUAAAAUAAUAGAGCCUAACCCCUACUUGCUAAAGCUGUAUUGAGUGUAAUAGUUUAUGCUUAGCGCCAUCAUCUGGCCACGGACGCUAGUUUAACAGCUGCACCACAAGUGGAGAAUGUGUGGAUGUGACCACAGACCACAAACAGGUGUCAAAUUAGAGAUCUCACUUUAUUUACUCACUUUUCUAGUGAGCCUCGUGAACAUGCCGACGCAUCGUACCUCCGCAGUGUCAUCUCUCCCAACAUAAGCUGCUGUUAACCUUCACCGCCAAUGCUAUAAAAUGUCACGACUUUCCAACGGGUCUGUUGUUGAUUGAAAGUGUCUAAAACGAGGUGUAGUGGGUGCUGAACCCAUGUUCCAAAAGGUCACGAAAACAGACUGAGCCCAAAGCUUGAUUAUAGUGUCAAGAUUUCAACCGUAAUUGUCAUCACAGCUGUAAUGGGUCACUUUAGCUCCAUAGAGGCAGGUCUCACUCUUUGCCUGGAGGUGGAUUUAAAAAAAAAAAAAAAAAAAGUUGGUGGACUGAUGCGAUUACAUUUUUUUUAUUAUAUGUAACACUUCAAGCUGUUUCUUUGACAAUAAAGCUUUGACAAUGGCUUACA